AUGUCUUACUUUGGACCCCCCUCGAGUGUUAAGGAGACGUUUGCACUGGGACCUUUCUUAGCGCCAAGAAUUUGGACCGGCCUUUGGCAGCUUUCCAGCAAUGCUUGGGGGAGUGCCCCCGCCGCCAGGAUCCGUCAAGGGAUGCUGCGUCACCUCACUUCGGGGUAUACAGCUUUUGCCGACCACUAUGGGAGCGCGGAGAUACUUUUCGGUCAAUUCAGAGCCUCGCUACCAGCUCCGGAAGGGGUCAUCGGAGCCACGAAGUGGUGUGUCUUCAGACCCACCGUGCCGUCCCGUGCCAUCGUGGAAAGCGCAGUAAGAGAACGUAUGCAGCGCAUGCGGUCAACCAGCGUGGAUCUCCUACAGUUUCACUGGCAAGAUUAUUCGGAUAAGGCCUAUUUAACAGCCUUACAGAUCUUGCAGGAUUUACAGCACGAAGGCCUCAUCUCCGCCGUGGGCUUGUGCAACUUUGACGCCAUAAGGACGGACGAGAUUUGUACUCAGCUGGGCCCAGGUUUCAUUGUAUCCAAUCAGGUCCAGUUCUCGCUCAUUGACACGCGCCCCCUGCAUGGCAUGGCGGAUGUCUGCGAGAAACACAAUGUCAAGCUCCUGACCUACGGUACCCUGUGCGGCGGCUUUUUGGCAGAUAAAUGGCUCCAUCGCCCCGAACCUGACUUGUACUCCGGUGACCUAACUCCAUCUCAGCGAAAGUACCUUGAUAUGAUCCUGAAGGCGUGGGGUGAUUGGUCACUAUUCCAAAACUUAUUGGCUGUGCUGCGUGAUAUUGGUAACCGCCAUGGGGGACUGGGCAUUGCCAACAUAGCCACCCGUUGGGUCCUUGAUCAUUCCUUUGUGGGGGCCGUGAUCAUAGGCGCCCGAUUGGGCGUUUCCGAACACCCUGAUGACAACCAGAAGGUAUUUGGACUGAGGCUAUUGGAGGAGGACAACCGUGCGAUUGAGGAGGUACUAGCGCGCUCGAAUGGACGUCGCAUGAUCACAACAAUUGGUGACUGUGGAGCUGAGUACAGGUGAGAUAGGGUGAUGAACUUAAAGAACACUGUGCUAGUAUAAGCUAGAUCUUUACCCAUUGUUAUUCCGCGCUAUAGACCAUUAUACACAUUAGUACACCAUCUUCAUCAGGUGAUCU